UCAGUCUGGCAACUCUGUGCCAUCAGCUGUUUGUCUUCUUCUUUCCUCGAAGCUUAUUGUGAAAAUUGUACAAAUAGCAAUUAGUUAUUAAACAAAGAAUCAAACGAUGGCACAAGUCGCUUUUCUGGACAACCUGCUUAGGGAGUACCUAGUUUUUCGAGGUUUCUCCAGCACCUUGAAGGCCCUCGACUUGGAGCAGCGCACUGAGAAGGACCAGCACUUCCGUGCGGAACGAAUUCUGGAGCAAUUCAAUAAUGCCGUGCAAGCGUCCGACCUUCAGGCUAUCAGGAGUUUGUGGUUUCACCUGGACAACAACAUAUUUUCCAAGCUGGAACAUACCUACGCCGUUGCUGUCAAGAAACUGGAAAAUAGCCUCCUAAAAUACUACCUGGUGACCGCCUACAUCAGCAAUCGCCCUGAGAAGGUGUCCGAGUUCUUUAACAAGUUGGCGGGCGAUCUGCAGCAGCAAAGCGAGUGGAAGGAUUGGUUCUACUUUCCGUUUUGCAAGAAUGCUGAGGAGUCGCCCACCUUUGCCCUGUUCUUCACCAAGCAAUGGCAGGAUACAUUGCUUCUGUCGCUGCGCAACUUCCUGACCACCGUAUACCAGUGCCUGCCGCAGCCCACAUUCGUGCGGGCGGAGCAGGAAGCAGCCCACAUGCAGCGUCUCAGCGAAGACAACGCUGGGCUACGCACCCGGGUACUCAACUUGCAGCAGGAGCUGAACCAGAUGACCCAGGCCGCCGGAGCAAGCGGUAGUUCUCUCGGCGGUGGGGUCGACAAUGGAGUCCGCCGACGCAGCGUGUAUCGCCAGCAGCAGAGCCUGAGCGACAUUCUGCCCUUCGACAUCAGUCCUCCCGGACACAUAGUCGAUGAUUUCUGCAUCAUUGCAUCCGAGGCGAACAGCGUAAGUCAGGCUAGCGACGCCCAGGCGCGAAGCCUCAAGCAGUUAAUCCGUAACAUCGGAUCAGGCAGCUCGCCUGUGAUGGGGCGCAAGGACCAGACAGCCAGCUCUCUGGGAGAAAAGUCCACCAAGCGCAGGUCUGGCAGUCUGGGACGCAGUUGGAUUUAGGAACCCACGUACGUAACUAUGCAAACCCAAAAGUAUUUUCCAAAAGGUAAUCUUAAGUGUCUAUUAGAAAGUUGAAAGCGCCGAGAUCAAAAUUUAGACCUUUAGUUUUGAAAUUAGUUAAUACGUAGGCAUUCCAUAUAUUAUACAUUUUUGUCUACUUCUGAAAAACCGCAUCAUAAACGCUAAAUACCCAAAUAUUUUAUGAUCGUACAUCAUACAUUAAAGAAAUUUAAACAAA